GGGAGGGACCAGAAGAGAGUGAGAGAGAUUCCCGACCCAUUGCCGACUAAGCAGAAGAAAGAUCAAAAAACGGAAAAGAGGAGAGGCACUUUCAAAAACAAACCCCUCAUCUCCAAGCCGGCAGCGCUUUAGGAACCCAACUUCAAGGACUACUGAAAACAAAGGCCCCCGAGGGAGUGGCUGCGCGACCCCAGGGCUUGGGCCCCGCCGCGGAGUCGGCUGUCCCGACCGUCGCGGACCAUGUCUCCCGCCCCACGACCCGCCCGCAAUCUGCUGCUUCCCCUGCUCACGCUGGGUACCGCGCUCGCCUCCCUCGGCUCAGCCCAAAGCAGCAGCUUCAGCCCCGAAGCCUGGCUGCAGCAGUAUGGUUACCUGCCCCCUGGGGACCUGCGUACCCACACCCAGCGCUCACCCCAGUCACUCUCAGCUGCCAUUGCUGCCAUGCAGAGGUUCUACGGUUUACAAGUGACAGGCAAGGCCGAUGCAGACACCAUGAAGGCCAUGAGGCGCCCCCGCUGUGGUGUUCCAGACAAGUUUGGGGCUGAAAUCAAGGCCAAUGUUCGAAGGAAGCGUUAUGCCAUCCAGGGCCUCAAAUGGCAGCAUAAUGAGAUCACUUUCUGCAUCCAGAAUUACACCCCCAAGGUGGGCGAGUAUGCCACGUUCGAGGCCAUUCGCAAGGCAUUCCGUGUGUGGGAGAGUGCCACACCGCUGCGCUUCCGCGAGGUGCCUUAUGCCUACAUCCGUGAGGGUCAUGAGAACCAGGCCGACAUCAUGAUCUUCUUUGCCGAGGGCUUCCAUGGUGACAGCACGCCCUUCGAUGGCGAGGGUGGCUUCCUGGCCCAUGCCUACUUCCCGGGCCCCAACAUUGGAGGGGAUACCCACUUUGACUCUGCUGAGCCCUGGACUGUCCGGAAUGAGGACCUCAAUGGGAACGAUAUUUUCUUGGUGGCGGUGCACGAGCUGGGCCAUGCCCUGGGCCUCGAGCAUUCCAGUGACCCCUCGGCCAUAAUGGCGCCCUUUUACCAGUGGAUGGACACAGAGAACUUUGUGCUGCCCGAUGAUGAUCGCCGGGGCAUCCAACAGCUUUAUGGGAGUAAGUCAGGGUCCCCUACCAAGAUGCCUCCUCAACCCAGGACUACCUCCCGGCCCUCUGUCCCCGAUAAACCCAAAAACCCCACCUACGGGCCCAACAUCUGUGACGGGAACUUUGACACCGUGGCCGUGCUCCGAGGGGAGAUGUUUGUCUUCAAGGAACGCUGGUUUUGGCGGGUGAGGAAUAACCAGGUAAUGGAUGGAUACCCAAUGCCCAUUGGCCAGUUUUGGCGGGGACUGCCUGCGUCCAUCAACACUGCCUAUGAGAGGAAGGAUGGCAAGUUCAUCUUCUUCAAAGGGGACAAGUACUGGGUGUUUGACGAGGCUUCCCUGGAAUCUGGCUACCCCAAGCACAUUAAGGAGCUGGGCCGAGGACUGCCUACUGACAAGAUCGACGCCGCUCUCUUCUGGAUGCCCAAUGGAAAGACCUACUUCUUCCGGGGAAACAAGUACUACCGUUUCAAUGAGGAACUCCGGGCAGUGGACAGCGAGUACCCCAAAAACAUCAAAGUCUGGGAAGGAAUCCCUGAGUCUCCCAGAGGGUCAUUCAUGGGCAGCGAUGAAGUCUUCACUUACUUCUACAAGGGGAACAAAUACUGGAAGUUCAACAACCAGAAGCUGAAGGUGGAGCCAGGCUACCCCAAGUCAGCCUUGCGGGACUGGAUGGGCUGCCCAUCAGGGGGCCGGCCGGAUGAGGGGACCAAAGAGGAGACGGAGGUGAUCAUCAUCGAGGUGGAUGAGGAGGGCAGCGGGGCAGUGAGUGCAGCCGCCGUGGUGCUGCCUGUGCUGCUGCUGCUUCUGGUGCUGGCAGUGGGCCUUGCCAUCUUCUUCUUCAGACGCCACGGGACCCCCAAGCAACUGCUGUAUUGCCAGCGUUCCCUGCUGGACAAGGUCUGACCCCCACUGCCGGCUCGCCCACUCCUACCACGAGGACUUUGCCUCUGAAGGACAGUGGCAGCAGGUGGUGGUGGGUGGGCUGUUCCUACCUGUCCCAAGCCCUUCAUCCCCACCCCCGGCCUCCCUCUAAAUCAGUCCCCUUCCCCUGACCCCCUUCUUCUCUCUGUCCCCUGACUGGCCUCUCCCACCCUCACCCCUGGCAUUGCUUCUUCCUAGGUGGGUUCCCCGGGGGCUGAGCAGGGGCGGUCCUUCCCAUCCCCUGCCCCUCGGGGAACCCUGUAGCUUGGUGUGUGUCCAGCCCCAACUGAAUGUCUUGGGGGCUCUGCACUUGAAGGCAGGACCCUCAGACCUCGCUGGUAAAGGUCAAAUUGGGGUCAUCUGCUCCUUUUCCAUUCCCUUUAACCUCUGAACUCUGACCUCAGGAGGCUCUGGGCACCCCAGCCCCAAAAGCCCCCAGAUGUACCCAAUUGGCAGCCUUCCAUCACUCUUUCUGGCCGAAAGGAAUCUAAUUUUGUUUGUGGGAGACCCUGAGGGAGUGUGAAGGGAUAGGGACUGCCCGGCCACCCUGAGACCAUGGGAUCAAAACUCCGAAGAGGGUCUUUUUGGCUAGGGCAGUCCAGCUCCUCUCCACAAAGACCUGCUUCUGCCCCGCCCACCCUCGAGAGCUUCCAAGGAAGGAGCCUGAGCCAUUAAGGACUAAAGUGGGGCUGGAGAAACCCUUGGCAGCCCUGCUCCUCUCAAACGUUAGCCUUGGAUGGGGAUUUCAAGGUUCGAAGAGCUGAGACCCAGGAGCACAGCUACUGGGAUGGGGUGGGGCCAGGGGGAGAGACCUGGGUGCUGAGCCCUGGGGUUGAGCCUGAAGGCCACGGAGGCCGAGAAAGAACGUUGCUCCAAUGCAGGCAGCUGGGGCUGGGACCAGGGGCAGAGCAGUCAGAGGGCACAGGAUGGGACCAAAAUGGUAAAUGGGAAGGUGCAAUGGGAGUGGAUGGCUGGGGCCCGGGCAGGCCAAGCUGGCAGAGGUGCCUCAGGACACGCCGUGGUGCCCAGGGGAAAGGCACAUUUUAUCAAAGCUCUGGGAAAGGCGUGCUUGCUCCUCAUUAGUCCCCUUCCUCACCGACCAGACUGACGGAGGGGAAGGGCGAGAAGCCCAGAGAAAGGAGCAGAGAGGGCACACACGACAGGGACUGGCGACUCGGGAGCCUUGAUAAGAGGGGCCACCUAGUUAGGGAGCCAAGGAGAGUACCAGAGGCCUGGCAGUGCCCUCAGCCUGCCUCAACCUAGUGACAGGGGCGGGCGCCUGGUUAGCCCCUCACUUCCCUCAACCUAUCCUACCGCUGUCCUGCCCUCCCUCCCCCCCACCCAGCCCACCUAUUUGAAGUCUCCUUCAGCCACUUAAGGUGGUCAUGGUACCAGAGACUCGGGAGAGCAAGAAGAGACCCUGUGGAGGGAGUGAGAGGAGAGGGAUG